CUUUUACUGUACGAUCCACGCCAAUCUCUGUUCCUCUCUCUCUCCGCACCUGUUCCAAAACAAAACAAACACGACUACGACACCCACGCCGGUACCCAAACGGAACGUGAUGUGGCCGUUCACGGACUCGGCGAAGCGACGCGCGGAGCGCGUCACGGCGCGCAAACGGACGGACCGCGCGUCGCUCCUCGCGCGCGCAGCGCCUUACGUUCCCGGGACGCACGAGCCCUUCGUCCGCGCGACCGCGCCGGAAAUCGUGAGGAACAUCGAGUUGGGCAGGUGGACGGCGGCGGCGGUCGUCGACGCGUACGUCGCGCGCGCCGCGGUCGCGCACGCGCAGACGAAUUGCAUCACCGAAGUGCUGUUCUCCCAGGCCAAGGAAGAAGCGGCGGCGCUCGACCGGGAGUUUGCCGAGACGAAGCGGCUGCGCGGGCCGCUGCACGGGGUGCCCGUCACCUUCAAAGACCAGUUCGACAUCAGCGGAUGGGAUAGUUCGGUCGGAUUCACGACGUGGGCCGAACAGCCCGCGACCGCCAACGCCGACAUCGUCGCGCAGGUGCGCGCCGCGGGCGGGAUCGCGCUCGCCAAAACGAACGUGCCGCAGACGAUGCUCGCGUUCGAGUGCGCCAACCCGCUCUGGGGCACGACGACCCACCCGCGCGACCCGGCUUUCACCUGCGGCGGGAGCUCCGGGGGCGAGGCCGCGCUCCUCGCCCAGGACGGCGCCGCGAUCGGCUGGGGGACCGACAUCGGCGGCUCGCUGAGGAUCCCGGCUGCCUAUUGCGGGAUAUACUCGCUCAAGCCGAGCUCGCGGCGGGUGUCGCUGCGCGGUGCCCGAGAUCCCGUCUCCGGCUUCGAAGGCGUGCGCACCGUCGCGGGUCCCAUGGCACGAUCGGUCGAGGAAAUCGAGCUCGCGUGCCGUGCCGUGUUCGGGUUCGACGACCCCUGCGCGGACGUCGUCCCGCUCCCGUACCGCGACGUCGUCCUGCCUCCCAAGCUCAAGGUUGGAUUCUGGACCGACGGUAACGUGUUACGUUCCGAACGUGAAUGGGUUUUUCGCGUUCUGAAAACGAUAUCGCGCACAGAUGGCUUCGCGAAGGCGUCGCCGGCGUGCAAGCGCGCGGUGUUGGAGGCGGUCGACGCGCUCCGGCGGGACGGGCACGAGUGCGUCGAGAUCGCCGUGCCGGGAGGUUCGGAGGCGAUGCAGCUCUUCAUGGGCCUCACGUCCGCGGACGGAUAUAGGACGGUCAAGUCGCACCUCGGACCGGAUAAGAUGGAGAGCAGCCUGACGCUCACUCUGAUCGGGCCCACGAUAUGGGGCUGGGCGCGGCAGCUCAUCGUCUGGAUGCUCCGGUACGUCAUCGGCGACGAGCACUACGCGCAGUUCGUGGAGAACGGUCAGACGAAGCGUAUGGACGAGUACUACCGCUGGAAUGUGCGACGGGACGCGUACGCGCGCAGGUUCUACGACGAGGUGUGGAAUAAGCACGGGCUGGACGGUAUCGUUUCGCCCGUGCAGGCGCUCCCUGUUCUCGCGCACGGGCAAUGCAAGAAGCUGAGCGGGCUCGCGCACGCGACCGUGCUGUACAACAUCGUUGACUGCCCCGUCGGCGUCCUCCCCGUCACGCGCGUCGACCCGAAGCGGGACGCGCUCACGCCCGAGUGGACGAAGGCGCGGCCGGGGGCCACGGGUUCGGCGCUGCUCGAGGGCAUGCUCUACCGCGACCGUCGGCCGGCGUACGACGCGGCGAAGCUGGCGGGCAUGCCUGUCGGGGUGCAGCUCGUGGGCAGGCGGUGGGAGGAGGAGAAUGUGGUGGAGAUGAUGAAGGUGCUCGAUCGCGCGCUGGGGGUGAGCAGGGGGUUCGGGCCCGGGUCGGUGAGGCCGCCGGCCUGAGUCUCUCCUCUCUUUCUCGCGGGAACCGGGCGGUUAAGGCGACACCUCUCCUCGGCCUUGGUUUAAACAUGUAACAACGCUCGUUUCGCCUUCUUUAUAUUGGUCGGUAGUAGUAUCCUGUGUAAUGGUGUCGGUUAAUACGUAGAUACCCCCCCCCCUCGUCCUCCCCCUCCCCCUCAGAUCCUUAAUCGAAUCAAACUAGUGCUUUACCUCUUUUUGGACGCCGCCGGCGUGUGAGAUACUGACGACUGAUCAAUACGCCCUUUUGCCUUCUCUCUUGUCCUUCGCCUUCUGAUCCAUCCAGGUCUUUUUGCAGUCCCUGUACGCCUGGAAGUAGUCCGUGCACGCGUCGCGGUCGUAAUCGUUCCGGUUCAAGCACUCCAUCGACGCUUUCGCCGCCGCCUCGCACGGGUCGUAGAACUUGGUGUAGGCCUGCCGACUCUUGAGCUUGGCGCGGUAGUCUUCGGGGUCGACGAGGUCGUCUGGAUCCGGGAGCGGGGCGGGUUUGGGAGGCUCUGGAGGCGCUUGAGGCUCGGACGACCACCAGCCUGUUAACCAACCCAUCGCGAGGAGGCCUGACAAUGGGAGGAGUACGGGAAAC